UGUAUGGGCAACCAGCAGUCCGAACAAGAGAAGAGAGCUAGGGGCUCUUUCUGUGUGGCCGCUAUUUCCACACCAGCGCGCGGCACUGUCUGUGACUGCACCCCACGGAAGCACAUGUGGAAACACUGUCGUACUGUCAGCCGACAGGAAAGUAAACGAGUAUGCAACGUACACAGCGUCGGUGAGAGAAAGACUAGCAGAGAGGGGAGAACAAAAGUGGAGGGAGCGCUCAGGGGUAGCAGAGAAGAGGGGGGAGCCAUCAAGGACAUAUUUUACGCACCCUGAUUCGCUAACGCGGAUCGGAUUGCUGCAACUGUGAAUUCUCGACUGAGAACAUUGCUUACUCCGACCAGAGCAGGGCUGUGCUUGUUUAUCAGCUAACUUCAUAUUAGCUCGGAGCUAUUUAUUGUUCUGUUGGGAGGAGUUGGCAACGGACGCAGCAUGUUGCCAGCAAGCCAGCUAAUCAAAGCAGAUCUCACCGCGAAAGCCAUCUGCGCAUUUCAAAUGAGCGACUGAGCGGAGAACAGUUACCGAUAUCGGAGUUUGAACCUCUACCUUCGCGACAGGCUGCCUGAACACCUCUGAUCUCGUAGCCGUGUCUGAUUUGGAAACCGCUUGUGUGCCCCCUUUGGUCAGAGAUUUAUGAGCUCCCUUAAAGCUAAUGGUUUCGCUGUGUUUUUUAAACCACAGGGUCACUCCGGUACUCGCGAAAUGUUGAAAUCCAAGGUGUUUCUGUAACAGAGGUGAACCAUGGCAGGGCUGCAUGCAUCAGAAGCUGUGUCGGGACCCUUUUUGGAGCCCCCUUCGCCGGACGCGACGUCCCAAUCACAAGCCGCUGCUGCAGCUCUCGAUGUCUCGGUGUUGAACCUCAAUGACGCCGCAGCCGUAUUGACCCCAACGGGGACACGGGCAUAUCUGGACGUGUCACCGGUUACUGUGAUACCUGGUGGAUUCCCGGUGCUUGGGGCCGAGAGAGUGUAUACUAACGGGAGGUGUGAAGAACAAGGGAGCCCCAGAAUCGGCAGUCGGAGCCGUGACAGCUCUUCAGAGAGAAGCCUCGGCGGGGGCACCACGCCAUGCGGCAUCAUGAAGGAUGGUUCAAAGCAGAGGCAGUCACGGAAGAAGACAGUGUCAUUCAGCUCGAUGCCGAGCGACCGCAAGAUGAACAGCACAGCAGCCUGCAUGGCCUUCAUGAUGGAGGGCUGUGAGAUGAAGAAGGUGCGCUCCAACUCGCGCAUGUACAACCGUUACUUCGUGCUGGACGCCGACAUGUGUUGGCUGCGCUGGGAGCCCUCCAAGAAGGACUCGGAGAAGGCCAAGCUGGAGAUCAAGAGCAUCAAGGAGGUGCGCCUGGGCAAGAAGACCCCUGUGCUGCGCAGCAACGGUCUGUCGGACCAGUUCCCGGACGAGUGCGCCUUCUCCAUCAUCUACGGAGAGAACUACGAGUCGCUGGACCUGGUGGCCAGCACGCCAGACGUGGUCAACACGUGGGUGAUGGGGCUGCGCUACCUCGUCUCCUACGGAAGGCACGCGGUGGGCGCUGUAGAGCCGGGCGAGCCCAGCCUGCGCACGUCCUGGAUCGGUUCCGUGUUCGAGUUGGCCGACGUAGAGAAGCAGGGCCACAUCGACCUGCUCCGGGCCACCCAGAUCAUCAAGGGCCUGAACCCCGGCAUGAAAGAGUCGCGGAUCGAGCUCAAGUUCAAGGAGCUGCAGAAAGCCAAAGACGAGUACGGCGAAGACAUCAACGCCGACACGUUCGUGGAGGCCUACUGUGAGCUCUGCACCCGGCCCGAGGUGUUUUUCCUCAUGAUGCAGUUCUCCAGCAACAAGGAGCACCUGGACAGCAAGGACCUGAUGCUGUUCGUGGAAGUCGAGCAAGGCGUGGAAGGGGUGUCCGAGGAGAUGUGCCACCACAUCGUGCAGAAGUUUGAGCCGUCGGCCGAAGGCCGGGAGCGGGGCUGCCUGUCCAUCGACGGCUUCACACACUACCUCCUGUCGCCCGAGUGCCAUAUCUUCGACCCGCAGCAUAAGCGCGUGUGCCAGGACAUGACCCAGCCGCUGUCGCACUACUACAUCAACUCCUCACACAACGCCUCUCUCCUGGAGGACCACCACUGGGGCUCGUCUGACAUCUCCAGCUACAUACGGGCCCUGCGCAUGGGCUGCCGCAGCCUGGAGGUGGUGGUCUGGGACGGGCCCGACUGCGAGCCCGUGGUCUACGUGGGAAGCUCGGUGGCCUCACAGCUUGCCUUUGGUAAGGUGCUAGACAUCCUCAACCAGUACGCCUUCGAGAGCUCCGAGUACCCGCUGAUCCUGUGCUUGGUCAUCCACUGCUGUGUGCCACAGCAGCGGGUCAUGGCGCAGCACAUGAAGAAGAUUCUGGGCGACAAGCUUUACGCGGAGCCGCCAAACCCAGAGGAGCAUUACUUGCCUUCCCCCGAGAAGCUAAAGGGCAAAGUCCUUAUCAAGGGCAAACGUCUUCCUCCCAACUAUCCCGAAUCAGAGGGGGAGGUGACGGACGAGGAGGAGGGGCUCGAGAUGUCCAGGCGGUUGGUCGGGGCCGAGGAGAAAGACAACCUCAACGGGGUUGGGUGCAAACGUCUGCGUCUGUGCAAGGAGCUCUCAGACCUGGUCUCUCUCUGCAAGUCGGUGCAAUUCAGGGAUUUUGAGACCUCCAAAAGGGAACAGAGGUACUGGGAGAUGUGCUCGUUCAACGAGGUGGACGCCAACCGCUUCGCCAACGAGUUUCCAGAGGACUUUGUGGGCUACAACAAGCGAUUCCUGUCACGAGUCUACCCCACACCGAUGCGCAUUGAUGCCAGCAACAUGAACCCCCAGGACUUCUGGAAGUGUGGCUGCCAGAUUGUGGCCAUGAACUACCAAACCCCUGGUCUGAUGAUGGACCUUAACCUCGGCUGGUUCCGUCAGAAUGGCAACUGCGGCUACGUGCUGCGGCCGUCCAUAAUGAGGGAAGAGGUGUCGUACUUCAGUGCCAACGCGCGGGACUCCUUGCCUGGCGUGUCAGCGCAGCUCUUGCACAUCAAGGUGAUCAGCGGCCAGAACUUGCCAAAGCCACGGGGUUCGGCCGCUAAGGGGGACGUGGUGGAGCCCUACAUUUACGUUGAGAUCCACGGCAUCCCGGCCGACUGUGCCGAGCAGCGCACCAAGACAGUCUCGCAGAAUGGCGACAACCCCAUCUUUGACGAGAGCUUUGAGUUCCAGAUCAACCUGCCGGAGCUAGCCGCGCUCCGGUUCGUGGUGCUGGACGAUGACUACAUCGGGGAUGAGUUCAUUGGUCAGUACACCAUCCCGUUCGAGUGCCUGCAGCCGGGUUACCGCCACGUCCCUCUGCAGUCCCUCACCGGGGAGUUCUUGCCCAACACCACGCUGUUUGUGCACGUGGCCAUCACCAACCGCCGCGGUGGAGGCAAAGCGCACAAGAGGGGCCUGUCCGUGCGCAAGGGACGCAAGACUCGCGAGUACACCUCCACCAAGACCACGGGGAUCAAAGUGGUGGACGAGCUGUUCCGGGCAUCCACGCAGCCACUCAGGGAAGCCACUGACCUCAGAGAGAAUGUGCAGAACGCCAUGGUGUCCUUUAAGGAGCUGUGCGGUCUGGCUCCUGCUGCCAACAUGAAGCAGUGUAUCCUGACCGUGUCGUCGUGGCUGCUGAACAGCGAGCGAUCGCUGCGCGUCACCGUGGACCUGAGUGAGGCCUACCCCGCCAUGGAAGCCCAGGGGCCCGUACCAGAGCUGCUGCGCAAGGUCCUCAACGCCUACGACACGAUGAUCCAGACCAGUCGCACACUAAUCGAGUCCGCAGACGGAGUCUACGCCAAGCUAACACAAGCACAACGUGCAGGGCUAGACUUCCAUGAGGACCUCCAUCGCAUCGGUGCAAAGGAGGGCCUGAAAGGCAGGAAGCUACAGAAGGCCAUGGAGAGCUAUGCCUGGAAUAUCACCGUGCUCAAGGGUCAGGCUGACCUGCUGAAGCAUGCCAAGAGUGAGGCAGUGGACACGCUGAGACAGAUCCACUGCGCGGCCCAGUCCUGCGGCCUGGUGAAGAAUGGAGCGGCGUCCGCAGCCACACCAGCCACACCACCUGCCGCCGGCGCCGCCUCCUCACCAGCCUCUCCGCUGCCCUCUCCGCUGCCCCCUCCUCCACCAUCGCCCCACAUCCUGCACCUGCCGCGCCUCGCCUCUCUGCACACCAUCCCCGAGAGCGAGACCCCGAAUUACGACCACUCCCCAGCAUACUGAACUACACCACACACAUACACAUAGAUACAUUCUCUCUCUCUCUCUCUCACACACACACACACACACACAGAUAUAUACACACAUACACAGUUAUACAGUAUGCAGACACACAUAC